AUGGACCGCAAUAAUAUGAGAUCAACCUACCUGAGCAACAGCGGGCCCCGCUCCCUGCCACACAUGGGCGGCAGUAAACGUCACAACGGCAACGGACACAACGCGCGGCUAAGCCCACCGGCACAGACACCACCCGCGCUCAACAAUCCCAACCAGAAUGACGAUCUCAUCAACUAUAUUUAUGACUCUUGGAAUAAGGUGACUCGCGAACUCGAACGCGGCAGUGAAGACGCCAGGUACUAUCAAGAUGUCUUGGUGCCCCGACAGCUCGCCAACUUCAGACCUUUCAACCUCGAGGAGUGGUGGGCCCGCCGCCUACUGCAGAGCAUAAACCGCAACAAGAACCGUUCUUAG